AUGGAAAUCCAAAAAAAAACCAUCGAUACUCUUACAUCCAAACGACUGAAAAAACAGGAAAGAAAAUCAUAUUCUAAGGUCACAGGAUGUAUGGCAAUGAUUGGUUUUGACAGAAAUGCUGCAACAAAUAUAAUCACUGUAUAUGCAUUUGAAGACACACAUAACCAUCCACUUACUGAAUUUAAUGAAGAAAACAUCUGCUCUCCAAAUCAUCAUCUUAGUAUUUUUGAUCAAGAACUAAUUGUUAAAGCUUCAACUAUCAACAUUGGUGCCACAAAAGCACACAAGUUAAGAGCAUCAUUAAAGGGAGGAUAUGAUAAUUUGCCAGCAACAAAGAAUGAUUUCAAAAACUUUUGGAGAGAUUAUACAAAUAUUGUUGGACCAAAUGAUGCUCAAUGUGUUGUAGACCAGUUGAUAAUUCGCAGAGAUAAUUAUCAAAAUUUCAAUUUUCAAUAUAAGUUGGAUGAUGAUGUGCUAAAUGCUAUGUUUUGGGUUGAUGAAACAGGAAGAGAAAACUACAAUAAGUUUUCUGAUGUUAUAUCAAUGGAUGCUACUUAUAGAACAAACAGGUACAAUAUGAUAUUUGUUUCUUUCACUGCAAUAAACAAUCAUGACAAGACAAUCAACGUUGGAGCAGGACUAAUAUCAGAUGAAACAAUUGAAUCAUACUCUUGGUUAUUAGAAGCUUUUUUGUCAUCACAUAAGAAGAAACCAACAAUGAUUCUAUUAGACAUGGAUGCAGCAUUAUCUUGUUCAAUAGCAAAGGUGUUUGAAAGAUGUACUCACAGAUUAUGUAUGUGGCACAUAAUGUCAAAAAUGCCAUCAAAGGAUGCAACUUCUUUUUUUGAGAAAUGCGUUGAAUCGGUUAUUCAUGACAAAGAAAAACUACAAGAAUUGGUGAACUCUCUUCAACAAUUAAGUGAAACAUGUGGAAAGGGUGUUUCUACAAGAUCAAGUUCAAUUCCAAUAAAAGAUGUGAUUGAAAAUAUCAUCGGAGUUCCAAUUUCAAGUGAUGUGAAAAUCAAAGUACCAAGUGAGAUAAAAACAAAAGGAAGUGGAAAGAGGAGUCGAAUCAAAAGUGUUGCAGAAAAAGCAAUAGCAAAAGCACUUAAACCAAAACGCAAAUGCAAAGGAUGCAACCAAUUCGUCAACCAUGAUAUAAGAAAUUGCCCAAUAAAUCCUUCAAAUGUGCUUAGGCCUUUCAAAAAACAUCAGGUUUUCGUUAAGGAAUCUUUGCUUGGUUUUUAA